AUGUCAGAAGAACAACGUUUAGAAACAUUAUACAUGGAUAGUGAUAGUGAAAGUUAUGAUGAUGAGAUUAAUUAUGAUACUUUAAAACAAGCAGGUGAAAGUAAUAAUGGAACAGCUCAACAUUCAAUGAAACAUUUUCAACCAGCAAAUAAAACUUUAUCGAAAUAUGUUGAUAAAAUUGAUGUAAAUCCAUAUUCACCUCGUAGUGGUCAUGUAGAUGAUGGAAAAUAUCGUUCAAAAGAUAAACAUGAUCGUGCUACUGUUGAACAAGUUCUUGAUCCACGUACACGUUUAAUUUUAUUUAAAUUUCUUCAACAAGGUUUACUUGAAGAAGUUAAUGGAUGUAUAUCAACAGGAAAAGAAGCAAAUGUUUAUUAUGCAAAAACAAAUACUAAUGAACAUCGUGCCAUUAAAGUUUACAAAACAUCAAUACUUGUUUUUAAAGAUCGUGAUAGAUAUGUUACAGGUGAAUAUCGUUUUCGACAUGGAUAUUCAAGACAUAAUCCAAGAAAAAUGGUUCGAUUAUGGGCAGAAAAAGAAUAUAGAAAUUUAUCACGUUUACAAGCAAAUGGAAUACCAUGUCCAAAACCUAUUGCACUUAAAAAUCAUGUUCUAGUUAUGGAAUUUAUUGGUGAUAAUGGUUGGCCAGCACCUAAAUUAAAAGAUUCUCCAAUGCUAGAAGAAUCUCAAGCAUUUGAACUUUAUAUACAACUCAUUCGUUAUAUGAGAAUUAUGUUUGUUAAAUGCAAAUUAAUUCAUGCAGAUUUAUCAGAAUUCAAUCUAUUACUUGAUUCAAAUAAUAAAUUAUAUGUUAUUGAUGUGUCUCAAUCUGUCGAACAAACUCAUCCGAAUGCUCUUGAAUUUCUUCGAAUGGAUUGUAAAAAUGUAACAGAUUAUUUUGCUAAACGAUAUACACUUAAAUCAGUUUUAUCUAUGCAACAAUUAUUUAAUUAUAUUACAGAUCCAACAAUAAAUGAAUCAAAUGAGCAAGCUUAUCUUGAUAAAAUGAUUGAACAAGCAAUAAAUGAACCAUUAAAUGAAACAACAGAUGAAGUUGAUCAACGUGUAUUUCAACAAAUAUAUAUUCCACAAACAUUAGACGAAUUUAGUGAAACAUCAUCAAAAGAUUUUCGUCAAGCAUCAACUAUAUUAGGCAUGAAUGAAACAAUGACUGGAGCACGUUUAGUACCAAAAAUUCUUGAAGAUGAACAUGAUGAUUCGAGUAGUACAAGCAGUUCUUCAGAUUCUGAUGAUAGUGAUGAAAGUGAUUAUGCAUCAGCAAAUGAAGAAGCACAAGAAGGAGCAACUGCAUUAGGAAAUGUUAGACCACGAGAUGAAUCUCCAAAUUCAAGACGAUUAAGAAAACAAGCAGUACGAGAACAAAAACGAGAAAAAAGAAAAACAAAAAUACCAAAACAUGUCAAGAAAAGAGCUGAAAAACUUGGUGGAGAUAAAAGAAAAAGAAAGUGA